AGCAGAAACAUAACUAAAAAUGGCUUUCAUGCGUGCUCCAAAGGGCCAAGCCCGGUACCGUGACCCACAAACUUUCGAAAUGAGUCCUGCCUUGUUGAGAGUGCGUGCUCCUUUCUUCUGGAGAAACACUAUUGGUCUUCUCCUUGUCACCGCUGUCCCUGCUGCCGUGUAUGCGUACACCUGGAAGUCCUUGACCAAGGACGAUUUCGGUGACAUUCCUAUUCCACCUAUCUCUGAUUCCGAGUUGGCUCAGUUGAGAAAGGAGUACGAAGCAAAGAAGAAGAGUGGAAAUGUAUAAAAAAAUAAUUCAACAAUAUGUAAAUAGUAUGAA